GACGCGCCCUGGUUCUCCCACCCGUCCGUCCUGCAGCAGAGCCAGGCCGCCCUCCGCGACGCCAUGGCCAGCGGGCAGGCGGCGCCCCCGGGCGGAGCGGGCGCGCAGAGCCCGCACGGCUCCAUGCUGCUGCUGUCGGGCGCCAUCGAAAUCGGCCUGCAGUGCGGCGAGGGCGGCCCCGACGCGCCAGGGGGCGCCGAGCGCAUCGCGCUGCUGCGCGCCGCGCUCUUCGCGGAGGCCGCGCGGUUGUUACUCGCGGCCCUUGGCUUCUCCGGCGAG